GGCUAACUUCAGUCCGAUUAUACCUUUAAACGCGUACAGUCCAGUCAUACAGUGCCGAUAGAGUGCGAUAAUUGAGCGAUUUCAACGAAUUAUUGAAAAUCGAACUCGAUUUAUUUAUACCGAGCCGACAAAGACAUUCCAGCGUCAGUAUUAUUUGCGUGAGCUGUUCUAUUUUGGAGCGUUUAUUACGGCGGAUGCACGGGCGGCCCCGCGCGAGAGUCGAGCCACUCUGCUGAUAUUAUAUUCUGGAGCACGCCUACUUCGCGUUUCGAGUGUUCCUUCUAGCACCUAUGAGUUUAUCUAGUCUACGUCACACUGCUCGCUCGGUGUAGCCGCUUGCAUCGUUAAUAUACGGACAGGAGUGAUAAUAUAAUACGUCCCGUGAGACCUGCCUCUUAAUUACGACAGAAUGAAAAUCGAAGAUGCAAGGACCGAAGGUGUUCGGGGUUGGGAAUGUACUCCCACCACUGAGCAACCACCAAUUCAGGAGAAUUCCCACAGCUGUCUUCCAGUCGUUCUAAAAGGAUGGAGAAGAUCUUCGCUGUAUGCGAUUAUAAUAUUUCUAAUGAUACUUAUAUUUUUGAAUAUCGCCUUGUCUCUGUGGAUUAUAAGUAAUUUAAGACUGACAAAGCACGGAAUUGGUCCAAUAACAAUAGUUAAAGAUGGUAUUACUUUAGAUGGUAAAGUAUGGGUGGUCGAAGAUCUCAUAGCGUCGACAAUUUCGUCCCAAACAGCGCAGCCUAUAACAUUACAUUCGCAUCGGAAUUUCACAGUUCUUGUCUCUGAUGACCACAAGGAGCAGUCGAAAUUAAUUUUAAAACGCGACUCCGUGGAAUGUACCGGAAAUGCUUUUGAAGUGAAAGACGCGCGUGGUGAGCGUAUAUUCUACGCGUCAAAGGACGAGGUCCGCGUAUUCGCAGACGCCCUAGCGGUCGAUGGGGCGGGCGGCGUAGGCGUGCGUAGCGCCCUCCAAGCGCCCAUCGUACGUGCACCGCCAGGGUCAAAUUUACAAUUGGAAUCUUUAACACGAAAAUUAGAUCUACGAGCACCACACUCCAUUUAUUUAGAAAGUAGGGCGGGAAGUAUUGAUAUUACUUCACAUAGUAAUGUUAAAUUGGAUUCAGUGGUCGGUGCAAUAAAACUAGACGCCCCGAAUAUAAUUAUCGAGAAUCUGAAGGAAGCAACCGCUACGAAAGAGCAGAAAACUUCAAGAAAUAAGAAAGUGUAUCAGCUCUGCGCCUGCGUUUCUGGGAAAUUGUUUCUAGCAGCUCCUGACGCACCGUGCUCUAUGAACGAAAUGGAUACGGAGUUAUGUCGAUGAUGGACAUUUACUGGGCACAUAAGAAUUUAUAAAAGGACCAAAUUUAUUUAAAAAUACGCUAUCACAAUUCAAUACAUAUUAACAAACUGUUGAUAUGUUUGGACUGUGUUCGUUGUCAUAUGUCAAAUUAUAUACUUCAUUAAUCUGUGCAACUGCAAAAUGUCCUAAUGACCUUAACAAACAACGAAAUGUUACGUAAGUCCACUGUGAAACAUUAUGAUAAUAUUUUUAAUGGAGGUUAGUUUUUAUAUGUAGUAUUUUUAAAAUAAACAAACCAUCGCUAGUCAUGGUACACGAUUUAAAAUAAAUUAUAAAAAACGGCUUUUUAUCUAUGGAGUACACAAUUGCGAUCUUCUUCUCAUAUUACCUGGUCUUACAAUCCUCACACAAACAGAUUUACUGCAAUAUAUCCCCCCCCCCUUUAUAAAGUGAUCCAUCCACCAUUUUGCGUAUUUUUUCACUUACCCGUAGUCUGUACAAUUGACAAGAUAGAUGUGUUAUUUACUUCAUUGAAAUAUCAAUGCAUUGUCUCGGAGAUUGCGAUCAGUAGGGUAAUCAAUCUUGCUGGAGCUAACGUCAGCGAGUCGACCGCGUCCGUGGCUUUACCCGAGUAAUUACACCGAGCUAAUUGAAGCCGCAAUGUUUUUCAAAAUAUUUUUAAAACGGAAAAAAAACAUUUUCCUAAAUUAAAUUCACUAUUACCGCUGGAUUUUUACCUUUUACUCUCACACAAAAUAUAUAAGUUUAAAUUCCAUUGCCCAAAAUUACUAUCGAACAAAGCUUCUUAAUUCUAUAUAUAUAGAGAAAUCAUAGUUAUAUAGCAAGAAUAAUAUAUUAAAAAUAUAUAACUUUUAAUGCUGCAUUUAAUGUUUUUAUAUACAAUAGAAUAGGAUCAAAAACCAGCUAAGUGGAGAAGGCUGUAGGCAUUUACCCAGGAAGAAGUUCCAAGCUUAAAGACCCAAAACAGUUCUCAUUUUUAUGUAAUAUACUUUGUUAUUGUUUUCUUUUUAUAAUGAUUGUAUGUAUGUAUGUAUUUCCAAUACAACAAAGGCUCUUUGUGUGGCGUAGCGUAAAAGGCGUGAGUGCAGAGAAAAUACACAGCAUGCACUGGAUGCCCUGAGUUUGGCUCCGGCGAAUUAAAUACUGUUUUAGAUAGAAGGAGAACUGGAAGUAAUCCCUACUUGCAUAUACAUAUGCGGAUAUGAAUCUGCUAUGGCGGGCUUAGUGAUAUAUUGAAUUUAUCAAUAAAAAAAGCAGUACUAGUAAUUUAGUAUCGUAAAAUAUUUUUAAGACUACCAAGAGAUAAUCUAUAUUGGCUGCACUGUUAAAAAUUCUUAUUACUAAAAACAUAAUAUAGUAAUUAGGGCAACAUAGAUUUUGGAAUUUUAUUUAUGUUACUAAUAAUAAACAUAACUGUUUGUGAGAUAUGACAGGUUAAUUUCGUAAAGAAAUCUUAAAACAAAAAUUUAUAACACUAUUUAUAUUUAUCGACGUUUUGAGUU